GGGCGCGGCGAGGACUCGGCGAGGAUUUGGGGCGCCGCGCGGUCGGGCCGGGGCGCCCCACGGGGCUGCUCCGCCGCCGCUCACGCCCCCGCUUUCGCCUACUCCUCCUCCUCGCCGCCGCAGCAGCUGGCGCUGCUUUUGAUGCAGCCGUGCGGCGGCGGGGAGGCGGCGGCUGGGACGGCGGGGGUGGUGCUGCAGCCGGUGUCGAGCGCUGACGGGCCGCUGCCGCCCUCCUCUAGCGGCGGCUUCAUGGUGCUGUACGGGCUGGGGGGCCCCGGCGGGGCCGAGGCGAGGGAGGAGGAGGCCGAGGCCGAGGCGGCGGGCGGCGAGAGCACGGCCAGCUUGGAGGAGCUGGAGGAGGAGGAGGCGGAGGCAGAGGCGGGGGCGGCGGCGGCUUCGAGCGGCGAGGCGGCGGCGGGCGGCGAGUGCAAGAGCUGCACGUACCAGGGCUGCAGCGAGACCACCACGCAGGUGGUGAAGCAGCGCAAGCCCUGGAUGUGCAAGCGGCACCGCAACAAGAUCUACAAGGACAAGUACAAGCGCAAGAAGAGCGACCAGGCCCUGGGGGGCGGCGGGGCGGCGGCGACCGCCGGGGGAGGCUCCCGGGCCGAGGAUAGUGUUGAAGGUUCAGUUCCUGUUACAAAGCAGAGAACAGGAUCCAUUGGAGAUCGCCCAGCAAGACCUACUCUUUUAGAACAAGUACUGAAUAAAAAAAGGCUGUCCCUACUCAGAAGCCCAGAAGUAGUGCAGUUUCUACAGAAACAACAGCAACUGUUAAGUCAACAAGCUUUGGAACAAAGGCAACAACAGUUUCAAGGAGCCCCUGGGUAAUGAGAACAGAUCAAUGACCUUCAGAUCAGUCUGGUGCUGAAGGAGGGAUAGGAUCUGUAUUUUGUAUAAAUACAAAGAAUCUCAAUGUUUAAAGGAAAAUGAAAGUUGCUUUUGUUAUGUAUUUGUAUCUUGUUUGCACUUUUGAGGUUUUGAGCUGCUUGGGUGUCUGCAAACUUCUGAGCAAAUCAUAGAAUCAUAGGUUGGACUGGAUUGUGUUAAGGAAACUUCCCAGUCUGACCAUUCACCAGACUCUGGCAGUCAUGCUCCCAGUGCCAGAGACUUUAACUACUGGGACCAAAGCCCCUUCGCUGCGAGUGGCUCCAGUGAGCUCUGCCUUGCUUGACUUCCUACAAACCCCACUCACAUGCAGUCAGACCAGGUUUCCUUACAGGUUCGACCUCACGUUUCCUAUAGCCAAGUCUCAGAUGUCUCAUUCCAUAAAGCACUUUAUUCACAGCGCAGUCACACAGAAACAGCCCCAGCUUGUUCCUCUGAAGAGGGACCUCCAACAAAGGAACCCUUGGGCUUUUAUACCCUCACAGUCUAAGUGCCAGCAAGUCUCGCUCUUCCUCCUGAAUCUUUGGCUCCUGAUGUGGCUUUGUGUCCACUCACCUGGCUAGUGCCAUCGGACUUCAUGCCCUUUGUUAUGCAAAGAGUUGGCUUGGCAGUUCAUGGCCUCUUGGCUCCUAGCUAGAGCUCAAUCUGCAUCUCAGUCUGCAUCUCUGAAUUGCAGCUUGCAAAAUGAGCUACCUGCACCAGAUGUAUUCCUCAACAGUUGCAAGGGACCUUAAAGCUUCCUCACAGGAGAGGUGCUCCAUCCCUCUAAUCAACUUGGUGGCCCUCCUCUGGACUUGCUUUAACAGGUGGAUGUCCUUCCUGCAUUGGGAACCCCAGAGCUGGACACAGUACUCCAGGGUCUCACUAGAGUGAAGUAGAGGGGCUGUAGUGGGUUGACCUUGCAUACAGAUGUAUACAUUUGCAUUAACUACUAUCCCCUGUCCUUUUACAGAUAGCUAUUAUUUUCCCAUUUCAUGGGCUUUGUCCACCCCUCCAGAUGUUCAAAACCAGGCCAUGACUGGGACUUCAUUCCAUCAGGAUGGGUGGUCAGGACAGAAGCAGCAGCACACUCAAUCCUUGGACACUACCAUAGCCCAGCUCGGGGCAUUGUCACGCUCUCCUUGCGCCUCGCAAAAUUCACUCUUCAUUGUUUGAUGUCAUUCCUGCAACUUACAAUUUACACGACAGAUUAAAACUCCUUGAGGCACAUACCAGGUCUCCCCAUCCUUCUGCAUUACCCAUCAAGUACACCCAGGUCCUUGAGCAAAGACAAUCCCACGAAUGGGUUUGCCUUUUCUCAUGGGAGGAGAAAUCCACACUCAGCUUCCCUGUGUGUAGUAUGGGGAGCUUACCUCCCCACUCAGUAUGCAGGGGUUUUGUUUGGUUGGGACCAGGGCAGUUAGCAGAUCCUCUAGUGUAAAUCAAUCAGCCAGCUGACUUCUGCUAAAUUAGCAUCUCAGUGCUUCCAUGCCUCAUUGCCUAAUGCUCUUAACAUAGUCUGCAGUAGUCCAUUAUACCUCUCAAUUUUUUUAGAGGCUUGUGGGUGAUAGGAGAUGGGAUAUAUCCACUCGAUGCCAUGUUUCUUUGCCCAAGAGUUUAUAAGGUUCUUUCGAAAGUGAGCCUGUCUGAUUCAAUUCUUUGUAGAGUACCGUGUUGCUACAAAAUGUACCUUUCAAGGCCUAAGACAGUGUUUUGAGCAGUGGCCUGGUUUACAGGAUCUGAUUCCAGCCAACCAGUAGUUGCUUCACUGUGGUAUGUAACGCUUACCCUGGUGUCAGUUUGCCAGGCCUCACCAUAUCAGAAAUCCCAGUUCCCUCUAUUCCAGGGAAAUUUUACAUAUGUAGCUCUCCAUUGCAGCACAUUUCUCAUUCAUGAAUGAUCUGUGUGAUGGACUCCAUGGUCACGACCCCAUGGAUCAUGAGCCCAUUGUUGCAUCUCUUCCUAGAUGUCCUGAUGUUUCAUGGGCCCAUUUGGCUAUAAAUAGCUCACCCUUCUCCCAGUCUAGUUCUAUCUGUGCUAUUUCAAUUUUGGCAGCCUUAUAUACCUGCUUAUUGUUGUGAUGUUCUUCAGUGGCAUGACUUUUGGGCAUGUGAGCAUCUAACUGAUGUACCUUCAGAGUCAUAUUUUCCACUUGUGCAGCGAUGUCCUGCCACAAUGCAGCAGCCCAGAUGGGUUUACCCCUGUGUUGCCAAUUGGCCUUCUUCCAUUGCUGCCAUGCUCACAGGGCAUUAGCCACCAUCCAGGAGUCAGUAUAGAAGUAUAGUACAGGCCACUUUUCUUGCUCAGCAAUCUUAAGGGCUAGUUAGAUGGCUUUCACUUCUGCGAACUGGCUUGACUUGCCCUCUUCAGUGGUCUUAAUGACUUGUCGUGUGGAACUCCACACAGCAGCUUUCCACCUCUGAUGGUUUCCUACCACAUGGCAAGAUCCAUCAGUAAAUAGAGCAUAGCCUCUUUCGUCUUCCGAUAACUCAUUAUAUGGUGGUGUUUCUUGAGCACAAGUCACCUCCUCAGGCAGUGCUCCAAAAUCUCUGCCUUUUCUCCAGUCCAUAAUUUCUUCCAGGAUUCCCAGAAAACUGGGGUUUCCCAUUCAGGCUCAUUGUGUGAUCAAAGCUACUCACUUAUUCCACUGCUUGCGUAAUGUAUUGAGGGGAUGUUCCCUUUGAACAUCCAAUGCAGCACAGGCAAACGCAGUGCCAAGAGGAGACAUGCUUCUGUCCCAACAACUUCUGAAGUGCCUCGAACCCCCUCAUAGGCUGCUAAUAUCUCCUUUUCAGUUGGCAUGUAGUGGGCCUCUGAUCCUCAAUAACUCCGACUCCAAAACCACAGGGUUUCUCCUGAUGUUCUUUGCCAGAGGCUCCAGUUGAGACCAUGCUCCCCAGCUGCAGCGGAGAGGAUAUUUUGUGUGGUUGGUCCUGUUCGAACAGGCCCCAGAGCUACCACAUGGGCCAUCUCUUGUUUGAUCUGGUCAAAGGCUUGUUGUUGUUCAAGGCCCCACUUGAAAUGGUUCUUCUUCUGGGUGACUCGAUAGAGGGGCUCACAAUGUGCAUCCUCCAGAAUCUUACAAGGCUUAGGAAAGCUUGUGUUUCCCUCUUGUUAGCCCAUGAAGACAUCGUUCCUAUUUUGUUAACCACACCCGUAGGCGUAUGAUGGCGUCCAUCCUGCCAUUUUACUCCCAAGAACGGACUCUCUUGUGCAGGUCGUUUGCUUUUCUUUACAGCAAACCCAGCUUUAAGAAGAUUCUGAAUUAUUCUUUUUCCCUUCUCAAAUGCUUCUGCUUUACUGCCCCACACAACAAUGUCAUUAAAUUGUAGGUGUUCGGGAGCAUCACCAAGUCUGGUACAGCUUGGAUCAGUUCAGUCCAUGGAAGAUGGUAGGGCUUUGUUUCCACCCCUGGGCAGUCAAUUCCAGGUGCGUUGGACACCCCUCCAUGUGAAAGCAAACUGUGAUCUGCACUCUGCUGCCAGAGGAAUUGAGAAAAAUGCUUUGGCAGUGUCAGCUGUAGCCCACCAUUUGGCUGCCUUCGACUCCAGCUCACAAUGGAACUCCUGACAUGUCCAGCACAGCAGUGCUCAGUGUUACCUUGUUUAGGCCACGAUAGUCUACUGUUAACUUCCACCCUCCAUCAGACUUUUGCACUGGCCACAAUAGCACCAUUAAAAGGCAAGGGAGUCUUGCUGAUCAUGUCUUGGCUUUCCAGUUGAUGAGUCAGCUCACGGAUGGCAGCCACGGUUUGUGCAGUAUUGCCUCCAGUGCACUGUCCUGGUAGCAGCUGGCACUCAGUGGUCUUCAACUUGCAGCAAUCCCAUGAUGAAGAGACCUUCUGAGAGGCCAGACAGGGUAGAUAGCUGCCUGAUCUUCUCUGUAUUCACAGUAGCUACAACAAAAGCCCAUUGGUAUGACUUUGGACUCUUGAAAUACCCUCUCCUGAGGUAACCGAUGCCAGGGAUACAAGGGGCCUCUGGGCCAGUCACAAUAGGGUCCUUUUCCCACUUGUCCGCUGCUGUGCUCAUGUCGGCCUCUAAUACAGACAAUUUUUGGCAUCCUCCUGUCACUCCAGAGGUCCAGAUGGGUUCUGCACUCCUGUGUCUUGAUGGCAUCAGUGUGCACUGUGCACCCAUAUCUACCAAAGCUCUUUACCUCUGUGGAUCCUAUGUGCCAGGCUAUCAAAUCCACACAGUCCAGUAGGCCCUGUCAUCCCUCCUCCUGGCUGAAGGCAGGGACCCUCUAUUCCUGUUCCUGGUUAGAGUAUUCACUGUCUGACCUUUGUGAUGCCAGAUCAGAAGUCCCCUCACCAGGCUCAAGAUUUAAGUCCUUUCAUGUAUGGGAGGUCGCUGAUUGCUUUCUUGGAUCUCUGUGGCAACUACAUUGACAGCCUUCUUGAAUAACCUCUUCUUAACAGUUCUCUUUCCUCUCAAUUCACAUACCCGGGCUUCCAGCUUAAAGGUGGGUUUGCCAUCCCACUUCCUUUUGUCUUCCCUGUGGUCAUGCAGAAAGAACCAGAGUUCACUACAUGGUCUGUGCUUGGGGCUUCCUUUCCCUCUGACCAGGGAGGGGACCGAUCUCGGGCUGCCCUUGAGGGCUGAGGUGCUGGCCCUGGCCCGUGGGAAUGAGGAAGCGCCUAGAGUUUAUUCUAUGUUUUGAAGCCAGGAGGACAUCACCUCUACAGCUGGUGAACCCAUCUUUGGGUAAUAUGAUGCCACCAGGCUGUUGGAAUAUGAUGCAGGGGCAUUUUGAACCACCUUCCUCCACCUGGCCUUUGUACAAGGUCCAUCCUCUGGAUCUUUAGGGGUGUUAUCAUGUCCUAGAUUACUAUAGAUGACUUCUCAUUAGCACUGCUAGUUCUCUCAAGUACUGGAUACCUUUAUCUGGAGUGGUCCACUUUCUUGGGAAGUUCACAAGAUCUUCCUUAAAUGUGUAUCUUGCCCUCACACUUGAGACGAGCCAUCUCCUGAGACUGCAAAUUGCUGCCUCUUUUCCAAUGCCUCUUUAGCAAGGGAUCCCAGCUCUUUGGCUUCAUGACCUCCUGAUUGCUGACUGUAGGCCUUGUUAUUCCAGCAUCAACAUACAGAAUCACCUCUGUUGACCUGCUGGCCAUGCUCCUUUUGAUGCAGCCCAGGAGACAGUUGCCAGCUCAUGUCCAGCCUCUCAUCCACCAGCCCCUGAACUCCUUGGCGGGGCUGCUCUUGAUCAUCCCCCAGCCUGUAUUGAUACCAGCGGCUGCCCUUAUCCAGGUGCAGCACCUUGCAAUUGGUCUUGUUAAACAGUGGGAUAUUCCCAUUGGCCCACUUCUCGAGCUUGUCCAGAUCCCUCUACGUGGCAUCUCAUCCCUCAGUUGUGUCAACCACACGACUCAGCUUGGUGUCAUCUGCAAAUCUGGAGGAGUCUAUUUUUUGAUUAUUUUUAAAACUUCAUUUUAAUGUUUAAUUUUUUAAUAAAAAAUUGUUUAUAGUAGUAAUGUUUAGCUGUAUACCCUUUACCUAACAAAGUCUUCCAUUUAAUUUAACCUUUUUUUAUAUAAAGAUUUACAGUUAAAUCAGUCUUUGAUGACAAUCAUUGAAGGAAGUCAGUUACUUUCUAUGGAAGUUGUGAAAUAAAGUUCUGAAGUUGAGCCAGCCCAGUGGCAUGCCCUAACAGUAAUUACUCAGGGAUAUGAGAACUGUCCAGUAGAAUCUUGCACUAAAGGCAAAGAUAACAUGCCAUCAAGAAGUCAAUCCAGUGGCUCAGGAAAGUACAAGUAGGUGAUCCUCCUGCUAUCUGUUCAUUAUCUACAAGUUGAGUAGGUUUGAAAUGCUUCAUUGUGCAUAGCAUGUAAAAGAAUUUGUGUUUAAAAGUUCCAAAACAGAUAAAUGGCAAAAAGCUUUAAAGAAGAAUUAGGUGGAACAUAUGAAACUGGAGUUAUAUCUUUUUUUGUGGAGUUAUUUGUAACGACCAACUUCUUAUAUGUGAAAUAUAAAUUAAUUGCAGAUUAUCACUCAUUUUUAAGUUACUAAAUGAAAUUUUAAAGCUUUUAACUCAUAAUAGCAAAUUAAUCCAAAAACUAUUCUUCUAAAAAAAACUAUAGUUAAAAUUCUAUUAAGACAACUGAUACUAUAUCAGCUGCAGUGUUAAAAAAGGUUUUCACCCAAAUCAGAUGAAGUUGCGAUUGAUUGGGUUAAACAUCCAAACACUGUAUUAUGUGUUAUAUCCCACGUUUUGUUUUUAAAACAAAGUUCUGUAUUAAACCACAUUUCUGAAUAGAGGUUAUCCAGAUGGGGUAGGUGCUUAUUAUAAAGUACUACUUUAAAGUUAUUGCAGCAGUUUGAUCCAAGAAAUAGUAUCUUUUCAGGAGUAUAUGUUAGUCUUAUGUAUUUUUUCAAGCUGUGCUUUUUGUAUGUAUAAAACUCGUUCAGUUGGGAUUUAUUGUAUUUAGCACAAGUUGUUCUUUUAAAAAGAACUUGAAAAACUUUGUAUAUCUGGACCAAUAAGUGUUUGAGUAAAAUCUUUGUUUUUCUUUGAAA